AUGAAUUCUGAUAAUUCAAAACAUGCUCCUGCUGAUGAUGAGAGUUUAGGUCAAGUUGGUAAUUUGAAUCAAAAUGCUAAUCAAGUUUAUGACCAAUUUUCAGCUACUGGUAAAUCAACUGAAGGAGAAAAGCAUAGUCAAGAUCAAUAUUUCGAUCACAAAUCUACUGACGACUCAUCCGAUGUUUUUGAGAAAGCUAUUACUGCUGAAAAAUCCAUUGGUGUAGAAAAGGCAGAAAUUUUGGCAAAUCAAUGGAAACACAGUUUUUGGUAUAAAGUGAUCCUAGGAUUAUCAGGAAUCACAAUCGGCUGGGCUUGGGGAUUGGAUUCUCAAACUCGUUACAUGUAUUCCUCCUUUGCUUCAUCUAGUUGGCUGAAACACCUGUUGAUUACAACUCUAAACUGUAUAACAGGAAUUUCAGCAGCUGCUACCAAUCCAGUGGUUUCCCGUUUAUCAGAUAUAAUAGGUCGUAUGGAGUUAUUAGUUGUAUCAAUUUUGUUUUAUGUUGUAGGUACCAUUAUUGAAGGUCAGUCCCCUAAUAUUCAUGCUUAUGUUGCAGGAAAUGUUUUAUACAGUAUUGGAUUUAGUAGUUUAUUGAUGGUUGUUUUACUUAUUAUGUCAGAUUUUUCAUCAUUAAGAUGGAGGAUGUUCUUCACUUUGGCUCCUUCAUUUGGUUUCAUAGUCAAUACUUGGAUUUCUGGUACUGUUAUUAAUGAAGUAGGACUUAAUUGGAAAUGGGGAAUAUCGAUGUGGGCUUUUAUCAUACCAUUAGCGUCUAUUCCACUUUUUCUUUGUUUGAUUCAUAUGAGAUGGUUAGCUGGUAAAACUGAAGAGUGGAAAUUAUUUAAACAAAGAAAGACCAAGUUUCAAGAAUUGGGUAUUUGGGGCUUUACGAAAUAUUUGUUUUGGAGAUUAGAUUUAAUUGGUUUGAUACUUUUGGUUGUUUGCUUAGGUUGUUUAUUAGCUCCAUUAACAUUAGCCAAUGGAACCAGUGGUUCACAAUGGGCUAAAGCUCAUAUUAUAAUUCCAUUAUGUUUUGGGGGUGCAUUAAUACCAGGAUUCGUUGUUUGGGAAAUUUAUGGAGCUAGGGAUCCUAUAUUUCCAUUUGAUAUAAUGAAAGACCGUGGUGCAUGGUCAGCAAUUGUUAUUUCUUUUCUUUUUGAUUUUGUAUUUGCAGUUGAAUACAGUUUAUUGAAUGUUGUUUUAGUUGUUGGUGUUGGCCAAAGCUUACAAUCAGCUACCAGAAUAGCCAAUCUUCCAUCUUUUGUUGCUGUUAUAACUGGGUUACUUUUUGGUUUAUUUGUAGUGUAUUUUAGAAGAUUGAAGCCCUUCGUGCUUUUGGGUUGUGUUCUUUGGUUGGUUGCAUUUGGAAUGUUAUAUCAUUAUAGAUCAUCGUUGGAAGCAAAAGCAGGUAUCAUUGGUGCUAUGGUUGUUAAUGGUAUUGGUAAUGGUUUGUUUAGUUAUGAACUUGGUGUCAGUAUUAUGCUGGUCGUCAGUCAUGAACGUAUGGCAGUAGCUUUAUCAUCCUUAUACGUUGCUUAUAGAGUUGGUUAUUCAGUUGGAAGCUCAGUUGCAGGUGCUAUUUGGACAAAUAGAUUACCAGCAAAAUUAGAAUAUUACACAGGAAAUUCAACAUUGGCAAAUGAAAUCUUUUCGUCGCCUUACACGUUUGUUGCUGAAUAUCCAUGGGGAACUCCGCAAAGAAUGGCAGCUGUACAUGCUUACGCUGAUACGCAAAGAAUCUUAAUGAUUGUUUGUCUUUGUUUUGUUGCUCCUAUGAUUUUUUUUGCAUUCUUUUUAAGAGAUCCUGAAUUGACAAGAGAACAAAGUCUAGAAAAUAAUGAGGCUAUCAACGAUGAGAAAUCAAUGUUUGACAUAUUCAGAAGAAAACAAAAGAAGGAUGUUGUAAUUGCUUAA